AUGCUCACAUUGACCUCGAAGAUUGAGCAACAUAAUUUCUGCUGUCCCGGCUCCAUUGGUAACGAUUCUGCCUACCUUUUCUUGCAAGAGGGACUCGUAGCCACUAUUUCAUCAGACAGGUUUACCGUCAAUUAUUCUCAGAACCUAAUUCUUGAGGGCCAACCAGAAGCAACUUCCAUGUCUCCCCGCAGACAGGCCCCCACUCGUCAAACCAGUAUGGGAGACGAUAUUUCUGCUGCUGCUGCUGCUGCAAUCCUUGAUCAUCCUCUUCAUGGUCACAUCAGUCCUCACCUUCAUCGUCAAGGUCCCCCUGUACUUGCUUCUCAGGUCAUCGAGGCUGCAAUUGACCUUUUCGGUUUAGUCUUCCCCUUUGUCUCUACUCGACACCGCAUCCAAAUGCUGGAACACUUCACUGAAUGCAUUCGCGUCUCUAAAGCUGCUAGGCAGGAGGCCAUCCAGGUUAACAUCUUCGCGGCACUUCUUUGUGCUUUGCGACAUCUUUCUGAGACGAAAUAUGCCUUUGGAGAUGAUAAAACUAUGCGUUCAAUUGCAAUUACUCUCACAUCGGGGGUUUUAUCAAGUUCAAACCCAGUGCUGCGUUUUGCAGCGGCGGAAUGCAUAGGACGCCUCGUGCAAGUGGUCGGUGAAGCGUCAUUUCUAUCGGAAAUUGCUCAGACUUCAUUCGAUCAAUUGAGGUGUCUUAGAGAUUGCCAGCCUCGAGCAGCUGGUCUCUGUGCUGCUAUUGGAUGCUUGCAUCGAUUUGUUGGAGGUCUGGCAUGUGGACAGCAUCUUAAUACGAGUGUCUCUGUUCUCUUGGCCGUCGCACAAGAUUCUAGUGCCCCCACGGUGCAGGCCUGGGCUUUGAACGCAUUGGCAUUGACCGCAGAAUCCGGCGGGCCAAUGUUCAGAGAAUUCGUUCAACCCAGUCUCAAUCUGGUUCUUCGUCUACUCCUCAAAACGCCUUUCACUGUGACUGAUAUUCACUUCAGCUUGGCCAAUCUCCUUGGCGCUCUUAUAACUACUCUGGGACCUGAAUUGCAAUCUUCGAGUGGAGGGGUCAAAUCAGAUACAGGUAUCUCUUGUCUUCUUUGUUGUUCCAUUCUCCUGGAGCACCCGGAUCCCCAUCUUCAGGCUGAAGGCAUCACCAACUUCCAAAGAAUUCAUGUCUUCGCUCCACAUCUACUCAACUUGUCUCUCUUCGCACCCAUUCUUUCGACUUCAAUGACCAGCAACUGCUUUGCACUUCGUCGAGCAUCGAUAGCUUGCAUUCGUCAGAUCAGCCAAAAGGAUGCCGAUAAUCUCUGUGAAGUAAUGGCAGCCGUUGCUAUGGCGACGGAGUUAGCAAAGUCACCACCUUCAGCACGUACUUCCACAUCUGGUUUUAUCGGUUCUUUACCUGGUGUAGAACCCGGAGGUUCACAUCCGUCGGUUGGUGUACCUGGUCUUGCCAAUUCCGAGUCAUGUCCACCUCUUGAAGCUGUUCUUUUCAGUCUACUUGAUGUAGAAGUAGAUUCGAAGUUACGAGGCCAUUUGGAAGAAGCCAUUUCAAGUCUACUUCAAGCCAGAGGGCUCAGUCAUUUCCAACAGUGGAUGAGAAGCUUAAAACAACUUCUUCAGCAAUCAGCAACAGCCAGUGGGACUCGUGGUUUGACGGAUAGAUCCCAUGCUUCUAAAGCAUCCAAUGAUUCGACGAAAAAUCCGGAGGGAGAUGGAUGCAAAGACGAAGACGGUGAUGAAGAUGAUGACGACGACGAACAAACCUUUGGUGGGAUUUCUGAAUCGCAAGGAGGCGUUAGACGUCCGGGUGCUUCGGAGACCGUCCUAAACCUUCCUCCGAGAUGGCCCACUCGUAUUCUUGCUAUUGCGUGUCUUCGACGACUUAUGAGUCUAUGCCAACAAGCUGCUGACUUCUCGAACUCUGGGAAUGCAAACACGACACCCGAAAUUGGACUCCGAAGUCCUCAAAUCUCACGAGGUGGCCUAUCACUUCGCGUCCCAGAUCAAACGAAUCAACAACGGGCUCAUUUUGAUCUCGCUCUGGCUGGAAAAUUGCGUCAGGGUCUCACUGAUGUACCUUGGCUCGUUCUUCAUCUUGGUGAUCUUGUUCGAGUGACUUUCAUCGCUGCCACCUCUAACUCUGAUCACCUUCGUAGAUUCGGUCUCUUUGCACUCAAGCAGGUGAUUCAGCUAUUCGCAACUGUGAGUGAUCCUGAGUCUGCUGGUAAUUAUAUUCUGGAACAAUUUCAAGCUCAGAUAUCUGCUGCACUCCGUCCUGCAUUUAGUACCACUUCUACUUUUACCAAUGCUGCACCUCUGCCUGAUAUUACAGCUGCAGCUUGUGAGGUAUGUGCUUGUUGGUUGACCUCUGGCGUGACCCAAGAUGCUGCUGACUUUAGGAGAGUUCAUGAACUCCUUACUGCUUCCCUUGAAAUUCUUCGUGACAUUUCCAUAGCCACAUCUUCUACCUCGACUAAUCUCUUUUCUGAGGCCUGUGUUACUCGACUCAAAUUGGCUGUUCUCACCGCAUGGGCAGAGGUCUUUAUUGCAGCUUCUAGAUAUCGAGAAACUGCUUUACAAAGUCUUCAGCUCCUGUCAAUGCUUGAAAGUCAUGCAGGAGAGAGCACUUCAAGCAGUCCUGAUGGGUUAAGUGAUAUAGUUCAACGGCAACUUCUUCUAAUGCUUGGUGGAGGUAUUAGUUGUGGCAUCAAUAGUGGAAGCUGGGGUCAACCUUCAAUCAAGGACUCAUCGAAGCUUCUUGAAUCUCUGGAACAAGAAUUUGAUGAAGACGAUGAUUUUUCAGGCGACGACAAUCUAGAUGAGUUAUGCGAUGAAGAUACGUCUGAAGAUAGCAAUAUUAAUGGAGAGGUUAGGCGGAAGAUUUUCAUUCGAAAAACACGACAUGCUGUAAAGGAGGCCCGCAAGUCUUACCAACUUCUUUCACGUCUCAUUGGUCCAGAUCUUGUUGAAUUAGCUUCUGAUUGGUUGGCGGCUUUGAGAGAUUAUGCGCUAAUUAAUCUGCCUGAUGAGUUGGCAUUUCAACGUCCGACUACAGCUGGUGCUUUCUAUGAUUCUCAAACUGGAAUCGAAGCUGUGAGACCAUUCUACGCCAGGUCCUGGCUCCCUCUUUUGGAAGCUGCUACACUCUGUUUGAAUACUGAAGCCAAGGAUUCCACUGAAUCGACUUCUUAUUUUUCCGGUGAAGCAACAGAAAAGCAUAUGGUUAUUCCGAUGACUCGGGAUUCUUUCUUCCUGAUUUUCGGUAUUACUUUAGAGGCUAUAUCAGAUGUUAUUUCAAAGCCGCCGUCUUUUGUGGUUGCCAAGUGCUUGCGAAUAAUUGAAUUGCUUCUCAUGAACCCCGCCUCGAAAACGCAUAUCUUCUCGUCCACUCCACGUCUACCUGUGGAACUUCUCUCUGUAUUGCAUCGAAUAUUCCUCACACGAGACUCGAUAUCUCUUCAUCUCGGUUGUCUUCGAGUUUUGCAUCUUCUUUUAUCAGCUGCCGCUGAUAGAUUAAAAACCGCUAUUGCUGCUGAUCUCAAUCCCUCUGGAAAUGAGGCCACUACCACUGAGACAGAGGCAACCUCCGUAUGGCUUGAAACUGGUCAAAGUUUGGAUGAGCUUCUCUCCAUUGUCAUUUGCCCCAUGGCAACGGAUAUGGAAGCUGUUAUGCGAGCACUCGAACUUGCGGACGGUGGAUCUAGGUCCUGUUUCAACGAAACUCCUGAAGCAGCCUCCCAGUUCACUCUUACAACCCUUCAGGUUAUCGUUUGUCUUCUCGCACGUUACCAUCCUUCUGUUCUCCAAUUGCCCAUAGCUCAGUCAGUUCCUACUCAAAGAGCUCUUCCUUCCUUCCCUAAGUCAGUGGCUGCACGGCAUAAAAAGGCACCAGUUAUAUUGGCCAGUGCAAUUCAUGCACUCACUGCUCUAAUGAAAAUCGCUUCCCCCGAAAUUCUCUCCACCAAUCCGGAAAGGCCUCUCUCUGGGGUUCUGCCUGUGAUGUGUCGACUUGUCUCACGAAUAGCUCAGCUGGAGCUCUUACAACCAACUUCCUCGUCGAAGUCCAAAAUAGCUCCUUUAGAAGAGAAUUAUAAGGCACCAGAUAAUGCAAGUCUUGGAUCCACUUCGACAACUUCGACAGUCACAGGGAAAUCGCCUUUUGGACCUCUAGAUCUUGGAUCCAUCUCAGCAGGCGCUUUCAAAACUUCUACCUCUGCUGAAACCGCCAUUACCUCUACCACUCCCGGCACUAAUGACACAGCUUACAAUGCAACCACCACUGCAGCUGAGGCAGCAUCAAGCGGAUAUGCCAGUCUCAACUCGAAGCUGGGUUGGAGCCAGGAGCAGGCUUGUCUCGCCGACUCCUUAGUCUCUUUCCUCUCUACAGUCGCCCAACAUCACUGCCAUCGCGCUCAUUCGGUGUCUUCUGCCAGCACUGUAAAUAAAAAUGACGGUGGUUCAGAGGAUGCUGUGGCUACCGAAAAUGAAGAUAGUGCCGUGUCGAGUAGCAGUACUCCCACUUCACCUAACAGUGCAGGUUGCAGUAGUGCAUCUAAAUUGUUGCCCGGCGAUGCACCGCCUUGUGAAUGGCACCAACUUGUAAUUGCUUGUCUUCUUACUUUUAUUCAACAUGAGCAUAUCAAUGAGGAAUUGGAUUCUCCAGAGCGCACUUUAAGGUGUUGCCUUGCGGCCUCAUAUCUCUCGGCCCGAAUUGUUGCGGCUUCUCCACUUGCUGUGUUUCGAUGCCGUGCCGUUGAGUUUGGUGUAUUUGAAGCCCUCACAAGAGCUUGGACAGAUGCAUCAAAUACUGGUGGAUCUCCUCUUUCUACAGCUCCCCUUUGUGGAGCUACGACUCGAGCUGUCUGUCUGUCCGCUAUUGAAAUGCUUGUCAAUCACUCUGAUGCUGAUGUUAGUUCGUGUUGUGUGAAAACGCUAAUGCCUCAAGUAUUUCACUGGUUAUAUGAGCUCUCUGUAGCUUCUGCACCAGCUUCAGGAGCUCUUUUACCAACUUCUUCGAUGAAUGAUGUAUUUGGCGAAACACCACCACAACCGUCUCAUCAGCAGUAUCAGCAUUUCUUCGUUGCUCGAUUGGAAGAAGCUGUCGCUUCUGCGAUAGCACUUUCACUGAAUGUAGUGGACAUCGCAGAGGCCUCAGGACGUCAGAACCUCCUCGCUAUUCUUCUACCUCUCUUCUGUGACCUUCUCCAUGACCCCUCUUCCGACCCAUUGCCCAAUCGGGCAAAAGAUGGUGAUGGAAUGACUGCUGUUCGUCAAAUGCUGCAUCGCCUAGCACUAAAGAAUCUCCUUACACUUGGCUCUCGCUAUCCCGCAGAAUUUAGACACGUUGUCUCGAAGGUCAGUAGUCUGAAACCGAGAAUUGAGGCUGCUGUGAAGGCUGCAGGAUCCGCGAAGAAUACAACAGCUGCUUCCUCUUCUCAGAAUCAACAAAACCAACAACGGAAACAACCUACGGCACCCAUAAAGCUAAAGAUUGGCUUCUCAAACUUCACUUCCUAA